CAUAGAGUCCAGGUCCUCCGAGAACAAGGAAGAGCGUAGAUGACAGGAGGACCUGAAAAGUACGCUUUCUCGGUCUCUUUAGUUUUUGAUAAGCAACCGUCAAGGCGCGAGGAAGAGGAAGCGGAACUGGAGGAUGCGUAGCCCAGCGGCCUCUUAGCAACGCGAGAUGGGGGUCAGGUGACAGAACCAGCUGGUUCUGGUAAAGGAAGACACUGGCCGGGGCAGUGGCAGCCCGGAUUGCCCGGCUGGUAACUCGAGGCGAACAGUCGUCGUCAGAAUGUCGAGCAAAGACCGAAUUGAAAUCUUUCCCUCACGAAUGGCACAGACCAUCAUGAAGGCUCGAUUAAAAGGAGCACAGACAGGUCGAAACCUCCUGAAGAAAAAGUCUGAUGCCUUAACUCUUCGAUUUCGACAGAUCCUAAAGAAGAUCAUAGAGACUAAAAUGUUGAUGGGGGAAGUGAUGAGAGAAGCUGCCUUUUCACUUGCUGAGGCCAAGUUCACAGCAGGGGACUUCAGCACUACGGUCAUCCAGAACGUAAAUAAAGCCCAAGUGAAGAUUCGAGCAAAGAAAGAUAAUGUAGCAGGUGUCACUUUGCCAGUGUUUGAACACUACCAUGAAGGAACUGACAGUUAUGAGCUGACCGGUUUAGCCCGAGGUGGGGAACAACUGGCUAAAUUAAAGAGGAAUUACGCCAAAGCGGUGGAACUACUGGUGGAACUGGCCUCGCUGCAGACUUCCUUUGUUACUUUGGACGAAGCCAUUAAGAUAACCAACAGGCGUGUAAAUGCCAUUGAACACGUCAUCAUCCCCCGGAUCGAACGCACCCUCGCCUAUAUCGUCACAGAGCUGGAUGAGAGAGAGCGAGAAGAGUUCUAUCGGUUAAAGAAAAUACAGGAGAAGAAAAAAAUUCUCAAGGAAAAAUCUGAGAAGAGCUUGGAACAACGGAGGGCAGCUGGAGAGGUGAUGGAACCUGCCAAUCUCCUGGCUGAAGAGAAGGAUGAGGACCUUCUGUUUGAAUAGUCGUCUUUCCUGCUCUGGUUCUUCCAGAAACCCUAACAUGGCACCAUUUUAGUUCACGGUGUAUAGGUUUGGUUUGUGUAACUGUUUAUUUUUCAGCCUAAGAAUUUCACUGGUGGUAAAAUUUCCCUGAACGUCUAUU